GUCUACAAUUUCCUCCUUUUUCUUUUUCUUGAAGCACAUUUUUCCAAUACCAAUCAAUCAAAUAAAUAAUAUAAUCUGUCAUUUCAAAAUCCCUUUGGAGGGGAAGUGUGAAGAGAAAUCUGGUGGAGGAAUGGCUUUUAGUUUUGGCUUGGUUUCUGCGUAUUGGAACAAGAGGCGUAGGCGCAAUAAAUCAUCACAAGAUCAUCAAACUUCUUCAGACCCUUGGAUCUAUAGGCCUGUUGAGCUGUGGCAACUUGAGGAUCAAACUACCCUCCAAACGCCCACCAAAAGGCACCAUGGAUCUUGUGUUUUCACGCUCCGGGAAAUGGAAGAGGCCACAUGCUCGUUUAGCGACGACAACUUGCUCGGUAAAGGUGGCUUCGGCCGUGUUUACCGAGGUACCUUGCGCUCUGGAGAGGUUGUAGCCAUAAAGAAAAUGGAGCUGCCAGCAUUCAAAGAAGCAGAAGGAGAGCGAGAAUUCCGAGUGGAAGUUGACAUUCUGAGCAGAUUGGAGCAUCCAAAUCUUGUUUCACUCAUAGGGUACUGUGCAGAUGGGAAGCAUCGGUUUCUGGUGUAUGAAUAUAUGCAUAAAGGGAACCUCCAACAACAUUUAAAUGGAUUAGGAACUGGAGAAGCAAAGAUGGAUUGGGAAGGGAGGCUUAAAGUGGCACUUGGUGCAGCAAAGGGAUUGGCCUAUCUCCAUUCAUCUUCUGCUGCUGGAAUGCCUAUUGUCCACAGGGAUUUCAAAUCCACUAACAUUCUUCUCGACUCCAAUUUCGAUGCAAAGAUAUCAGACUUUGGGCUUGCAAAGUUUAUGCCAGAGGGACAGGAAUCGCAUGUGACUGCUAGAGUCCUCGGCACGUUUGGAUACUUUGAUCCUGAGUAUACCUCGACAGGAAAACUGAGUCUGCAAAGUGAUGUAUAUGCAUUUGGAGUGGUUCUUCUUGAGCUCCUCACAGGCCGCCGAGCAGUGGACUUGAACCAGGGCCCAAAUGAUCAAAACCUCGUCGUACAGGUAAGGCAUAUAUUGAAUGAUCGGAGAAAGUUACGUAAGGUGAUAGAUCCAGAAAUGAGUCGAAGUUCCUAUACGAUGGAAUCCAUUGUCAUAUUUGCAAACCUAGCUUCACGUUGUGUUCGAACAGAGAGUAGCGAAAGACCAACAAUGGCAGAAUGUGUAAGAGAGCUCCAAAUGAUCAUCUACACGAAGUUACAAACUCGCAAGACCUAGAGAUAUCAUAUAUAUAUACUUCAUCUAUUGUUUUGUAUUCAAUAUGAACUUUGUUCUUAUGCCAAGUUAAAGUAUGGUGAAGAGACAUGUGCAUCUCUCUUUUUAGGAUGCGGUUCAAAUUCUCACUCGUAUAUUUGAGAAAUCUAUGAUUAUAUAUAUCAUUGUACCUAGAA